CCAAGUUGUUAGUUGCCGAGUUGAACUUGGAACUGUUGCAAUAAUUAAUUCUAGAGGAAUUCUCUAUGGGAAUCGUAUGCAUUAGGAAUUCUAAGAUAUAGGCCCAAUUAUUUGGUCUGUACGGCGUCUAGCUCUAUUAAUGCGGCACGUUCCCGUUUUCGCUGUUUUUAGAACGUAGUGCCAAUUAAUUAGCCUAGGCUACUUUCAAUUUUGUUAUACAGAAAGCGAAAGUAGAAUUGCUCAGAUCGAACGAUUCACUUCGUCGACGCAUUGCUGUACAGGAUGUCGGUGACGUUCUUUGGCUGGGACGUGGUGUACGAUGACGGAUCCCUGGUGUCAGAACUGGGGGCGGAGCAGGAGCCUCAAAAGGGGGAUGCUUACACUAUGUACCAUGGCACCAAUGUCCAGACUGCUCGGCUCAUCAUCACCAAUGGCUUCCGCCAGUCCCCUGAUGGCAUGCUGGGCCCCGGUGUGUACGUGAGCCGCAACCAGCAGAAAGCACAGCGCUACCCGCUAAAAGCCCCCCCCUCCGACCGUGUGGUGCUGCAGCUGCGUGUUAAUACUGGCCGCGUGAAACGCAUCGACAAAGACAACCACCCUAUGCAGAAGAGCUGGAACGCAGCAGGGUACGACACCGCGUGGGUUCCCCCCAACUGUGGCAUGCACUCCGUGCCCAGCGGCCUGGAGGAGGACUGUGUGUUUGACCCCCAGCGUGUUGUGGUCACUAGCAUCGCCAAGGCGCCCAACCCCACCAUCCUGGCUGAGCUAACGCAGCUGGUAUCACAGAAGCGGGCUGGGACUGGAAGGGGUGGAGACAUGAAGGUUGCGGUGGCUGGGGGUGUGUGUACCCUGUGCAGGAGGAAAACCACACCAGAUCACACACAUACGCUGCACCCGUGCUGGGGCUGCGGACAGAACAUCUGCACCCUCAUGACCAAACACACCUGCUCUGCCAGUGCCUGACGGGGGGGGGGGGGGGUUAGAAGACAAGGGGUAGCAUUGAUCAGCAAUUUUUCAUAGGGCAGUGAUGUGUCAUGGUCUAAUAGUCUUCGGUGGUGUGUUAUUGCAUACACGUAUCUCAGGGACCUAAUAUUUUUUAUCCUGUAAAAUAUAUGAUGUACAUCAUGUGGCCAGAAUGUAUCUCCUGAACAAACCUUUUAUCUCCACAUGUAGGCUUAUGUUGCAUGUGGAUGAUUAUGGUGUGCUAUUUUGGUGCACAAUGAUGUGCCAGAGGGGAUCAAUGAAGACACAUAGCAUGUUCUUGUACUGUACCAGUCAAAAGUUUGGACACACCUACUCAUUCAAGGGUUUUUCUUUAUUUUUACUAUUUUCUACAUUGCAGAAUAAUAGUGAAGAGUGUUAAAUCAAAAUAUAGUUUCAUGAAAUUCUUCAAAGUAGCUACCAUUUGCCUUGAUGACAGCUUUGCACAUUCUUGGCAUUCUCUCAACCAGCUUGAUGAGGUAGUCACCUGGAAUGCAUUUCAAUUAACAGGUGUGCCUUGUUAAAAGUUA